AAUGCCUUCUUCAUGUCAUCGUCCGACUCCAUGAGCUCACCUAACGUCUUAAAUAUGUUCGAUAUUUCUGAUCGUAUGAACUUGUCCUCUGGCUCUUCCACCCAUUUUAAUACGAAAUCGAACAAUGUUGAUAAUGCCAAAGAAUAUAAUAACAUUUCUAUUCCUCAUACUUUAAAUGAAACUACAGGUGUACCGAAUAAUCAUUCCUUAUAUUUGCAUCGAGGUAUCCCUAAAAAUUCGCCUAAAUCCGAUAGGCAUGUCUCUUUCGGUCUUGUUGAUCUUUACCACUUCGAUCGCCUUCAAGGAUUUACUUGUGUCCCCAGCCAGGGGGGGUCAACUCUCGGAAUGGCUAGUGAACAUUGGAAUAAAGAGUGUGUUUCUGUUAGUGAUCAUCAAUCCCGGCGUAAGCACCAACGUCACUCCGCCCUUCUUCGGUUUUGUCUUGAAGGAAAGCUUCUUUUAUCAUUUCAGCAGUUCCGUAUGCUUGAGUCUCGUGUUAAACAUCAGCAACGAUUGAUGACGCAACAAGGUGACUCUGAACAGAGUUCCAGCAUUUCAACCGAGUCUAUGAGUUGUAACCUAAAACGACCUCAAGAAGUAUCAGAUAAUCCAAGGGAUGAAGAUUUGGGUUUUUUGGAUGGUCUUGAGGAAUACUAUUUUCUUCAGCCCCUCCCCGUUAAAAGACGCCGCAUUAUGCUUCGAAAAGCUGGCCUUACCAAGAUCGACUCUUCAGAGAAGCAGGAGUGUGAAGAGAUUCGCAAAAGUCGCACCGAAUGUGGCUGCACCUGCGUCGGAGGUGUAUGCGAUCCAUAUAGUUGUGAGUGCGCUCUCAAUGGGAUUCCCUGCCAAGUGGAUCGAGCCAGCUUUCCCUGUGUUUGUCUUAGUCCACGCCAUUGCGCCAACCCCGAGGGUCGGGUAGAAUUCAAUCCCAUGCGGGUUCGAACUCACUACCUUCACACCCGUCUGCGUCUAGAAUCAGAGGAGAGAGCUGAUAACGCUUUCCCCUCAGGGGCUAAACGAACCCGAUUUAUUGAAUCAGAUUCAGAGGAUCUGGAAGAUGGUCAGAUUUCGUCUUCAUCGUCUUCAACAUACUCAUCAUAUUUAGUGGCUGGAUGUUCACGGAGGAGCAUUGAGGAGGCUCUGAAUGCAACAGCACCCAACGGUGGUUGUCGUGACUGUCAGGACGACCGCUAUGUGCGUCUCUUGUUGCAAGAGCUCCAAGGUCAGCAGGCCCAACAGGAUCGCAUGAACUGCAUUCGAGAUAGUCUUGAGGUUGCUAGAGGUGAUUUUACUGAUGAAGGAGAUACUGAGGGUGGGAAUAGGCCUCUACAAGGCAUGUUGUCAGAUAACCUUGCAGUGGAUUCCGUCGCCUUUACAAACGCCGUCCCCUCCUCACUGGAAGUUGAAGAAGGAAAUCACCAAUAUACCUCCGUUCUAUUUAACACGGAGGAUGAAGACUACGAAGAUGAAGAAUACCAAGAUGAAUACGAAGAAGAUAGUGAAGAUGAUGAUGUUAUUCGUCAAGAAGACGACGGACAGCAUCAGAUUGUCUCCUCUCUCAACGAAACGUUUUCUUCAACUGCAGAAGCUUCUGGGGAAGGAAGUUGCUGCAGCAGUGAGGAAUCGAAUUCGUCUUCGUUAUGUCGUCUUGAACCCAUUACAUCUCUCUUCCACAGUCCCUCUGGUUCUAGUCCUGAAAUUGGAGAAGAUGGGAGCACUGUUCAAUCCCCUACUACUAGCAAUUCUGCGUCGUCACAGACGGCGUCAGUUUGUGAAGUGGUUAUGGGAUAA